AUGCUACUUAAUUUAGGAAAUCAAAGCUCGGUGACCUCAUUCACCCUGGUGGGCUUCUCAGAAUACCCGCACCUCCAGAUACCCCUCUUCCUGGUGUUCCUGACCAUCUACAUGGUCACUCUGCUGGGGAACAUGGGCAUAAUCGUGGUCAGAAAGAUCAACCCCAAACUUGAUACGCCCAUGUACUUUUUUCUCAGCCAUCUUUCCUUUUUGGAUAUUUGCUAUUCCAGUGUGUUUACACCCAAACUGCUAGAAAUCUUGAUUGUGGAAGACAGAACCAUUUCCUUCAGAGGAUGCAUGACACAGUUUUUCUUUGGCUGUGCAUGUGUGAUUACAGAGAUGUUUAUGCUGGCAGUGAUGGCCUAUGAUCGGUUUGUGGCCGUCUGUAACCCCUUGCUCUACACAGUCACUAUGUCACCUAAGCUCUGUGUUCUCCUGGUAGCAGGAACUUACAUGGGGGCUGGAACCUGUUCCUUGACAAUCACAUAUUCGCUUGUGCAGCUGUCUUUCUGUGAGCCUAACGUCAUAAAUCACUUUGGCUGUGAGUACUCUGCUGUCUUGUCUGUGUCCUGCUCGGACCCCUCUUUAAGCCAGAUGGUAUGUUUCAUCAUUUCUGUAGUCACUGAAACUUGCAGCCUCUUGAUCAUCCUUGCAUCCUAUGUGGUCAUAGUUGUGACUAUCAUCAGGAUGCCUUCCAAAGGUGGACUCCAGAAAGCCCUCUCCACUUGUACCUCCCACCUGACUACCAUCAGCAUCUUCCAUGGCACUGUCCUCCUUCUCUACUGUGUGCCAAGCUCCAAGAGCUCAUGGCUCCUGGUCAAAGUGGCUACAGUGCUUUUUACAGUCUUGAUCCCCAUGCUGAAUCCCCUCAUCUACAGCCUCAGGAACAGGGAUGUGAAAGACACCGUCAAGAAGCUGGUCAGAUCCAAACUGCAUUCUCAAUCCACAUAA